AUGAAAUCGCUAAUCUUGUCUCUGUUAGUCCUGGUGCUCUGGACCCAAGCCAUCACCGCACAAGUCUUCGAAAAUGGCGGGUUCUCCGUGGACUACCCUGGUAUCAGCGAAACCUGCAAACACGCUCUUAACACGACAGUGAAAUGCCCUUCUUUCCUGGGAGACGUUUCAGAGGGCAAUCCUCGCUUGGCUUCAGAGCAGUUAUCUGAGCUGUGUACUACUGGUUGCCAGACCUCGCUUACGGACGUAAGGAAGACGAUUGCGAGUGGGUGUAAUAAUACGGAUGUUAUUACUUAUGAGGGGGCGGAUUGGCCUGCAACACUCAUCAUUGACCGAUUUUUGUAUACAUACCGUCUAUCAUGUCGAAAGGACUCCGCAACCGGCCACUUCUGCGAUGAAAUAUUUACCUCAUGGCUCAACCAAACCCACCUAACAGCGCCCCAGAACUGCUCCGACUGCAUGCUAGGAAUGAUGCAAAACCAACUAAACUCCGCCUUCGGCUACGACGACGAGUUCGCAAGCGAGUUCAAUUCGACUACAAAGAGCUGCACGGCGACAGGAUACGCGUUUACAUCGCCACCGCCCUAUGCACUUAAUUUCUCUUCCACUGCUCCGUCAGAUCCUAAUCCUACGCCGCUUUGCGCGAAUCCGUAUCGUGUGCAGAAGAACGAUACUUGUGAAUCGAUUUCGUUGGCACAUAACGUGUCUACGAAUGCGCUUGUUAGUGCCGGGGGCUUGGGUCCGGGGUGUGAGAAUCUGCAGGCUGUGGGGUCGAUUUGUCUACCAGCUAAAUGUGAAUUGUAUCGGGUGGAGUACGAUGAGAGUUGUGAGGAUAUAAUCCAGAAGCAUCCUGGGUUGAGUGCUAUGAGUUUGUUGAAUUGGAAUCCGAAUAUCUACAUGGUCUGUGGGAAUAUUCAAACUCUUGCUGCUACAUUUAUCUGCGUUGGACCCCCCGGCGGCCGCCUCCCCCAAAACACAACCACAACAUCCACCCAACCACCAACAACCAGCGACUCCAACAAAAUCCCGAAACCAACCAACGCACCCCCCGAAUCCAACGCCCGCUGCGCAAAAUGGUACGUGAUCAAAGAAGGCGACUACUGCGACAAAAUCUCCAUCCGCAACGGCAUCUCCCUAAAGGACUUCUUCUUCCUCAAUCCAGAGGUAAACUCUACAUGCGGAAAUCUCAUGUUUGAUAUUGCAUACUGCGUACAGGCUGUCGGUGAUAUAUCGACGUAUAAAGGGUAUCCGACUACCAAGCCGGUGUACACGCUACCGCCGAUUUCGUAUUCGACGACUACGGAUGUGCUGCCGUCUGCGCCAGCGCCGAUUAUUACGCCGGUGACUUCGCUCCCGCAUGCUCCGGGUACGAAAGCGGAUUGCAAUGAAUAUGUGGAGUACUAUUCCGUUCCAAGUCUGGAGGAGCGUGCUGCCGCGCAGAAAGCAUUCGGUGUUACGGAUAGUAUUAACAGUUGUGAUUUUGUGCUGGCGACCUAUGAGGUUGGUAUGGCGGAUUUCCUGACGUGGAAUCCUAGUUUGAGGGGUGUGGAGCCUUGUAUGUUGCAGAAGGGGUUUAGUUAUUGUGCGGCGAAUGUGACGGAUGGGGGGAAUGGGACUACUACUGGUAGUAGUUCGGGGAGGGGAAGUUCUGUGUUGCCUACGUCGACGCAGUUGGUUUAUUAUUAAUAGGGCUUGUAGUUUUAGGGAAUAGGAUGGGU